ACCAGGCUGCUCGCCUAGCCCCCCACCCGACAUGCGCCGCGCCCGGCUGGACGCCUCCCUCGGCCGCCUCCGGGCAGACGUGUUGUGCCUGCGGGCAGCGGGGGACACGCUGCGGGACCAGAUGCAGGGCAUGAUGCGGACUCUGCAUGAGCUGAAGCGGAUGCCAGGCCCAGCUCCGCAGCUGGGCCUCCCCAAGCCAGCACCAGCUCCCCCCGGGCCCUGCUGGGAGCGGCCUGCAGAGAACCGGGCAUCGGCCGUCUCAGAGGCAGACUCUGCCUGCUGCCUGGAGCUGGCGGAGGAGGAGUGCGCACCGCCCGCUAGUGAGAGGAGCCUGGAGUUUGACUCGGGCUACUCGGAGGUGUCAGGGGGCACGUGGCAGGAGGAGGGGCCAGUGCUGCGCAGGAACCCCCCGCUUUCCUGCCAGCGGGUACACAGGCUCUCCACAGGGGGCUUCCUCCGCAGCAGCCCUAGCCAGGUCCCUGGCCGGCGGGUCCGGCCCAAGUCCACCUCAGAUGCCUGCCUGGAGCAGUGGCGGGUGCUGGAGCCAGCGGACACGCAGGACUGGACUGUGGCACUGCUCUCACAGAGCCGCAACCGGCAGCCGCUCGUGCUGGGCGAUAACUGCUUUGCUGACCUGGUGGAGAACUGGAUGGACCUGCCUGAGGAGAGUACGCUGCCCCGCCGGCUGGCCAAGCCCCACAGCUUCUUGCUCAACCUCUCGGGCAACGUGCGGCGCAAGCUGGCCAGUCUGGCGCGCCCGAAGGGCCCAACCGCCCCCCAGCCUGGCCCCAAGCACCUUGGUGGGCGGGCGCAGGGACCCCUCUUCCACCAGUCACAUGGUGACAUUGCCAAGCUCACCACGGACUGCACCCGCUUCGCUGCGCUCCUGAACAGCCGCAGCCGACAGCCAAUCAUCUGCAACGACAUCAUCGGCUACAUUUAGCCCCGCCCCCAGCACAUUCCUGUCCCAGCUCUGCAUUUUUACCCAGCUAUGUAAAUAAACA